GGGAUAACAGGUGACAGACCUCCCUUUAUCAAGGUAUGGUUCUAUCGGAUAGAUCGCUUUCAUGCCCAGAAUUGACGAUCCCGAGGGUGCCGAUUUCUAUUUUCGAAGGAAGUUCCUUGCCUUGGACAACCUCGAUCUCCGGCGAGUACUUUCUCCUUCUCUAGAUACUGAUGACUCAUUGAGAUCUUAGAUGGCGAGCCAAACGUCGAGCAAUCCAUGCCAAGUUAGUAGCGCUUGUUUGAUUGUCACAUUCGCUGAUGGAUCGACAGUCUCAACGUCCACGCCGCGGCACGUUUCAACCCGAUGCAGGAGAACGAGGCCGCGACUCUUGCCUUUGGACUGUUGCACCAUCCGGAAAUAUCGUUUGUACAACACACGCGGCGGUUCUCCGCUUCGGUGAUCUUUCAGUGCUUGUAUGGUGGCGAGGCUAUCCCGCUCACUGGAAUCGAUCGGAGCAAGCGAAUGUCAGAGUUCACCGAACAAAUAGGCCGUACCCUGCAACCGCAAAAGAGUGUGGUGGACAUGUUUCCCUUCCUCAAACCAGUGAUCUGGACUGUAAAGUGGUUGAGGAAGGAAGCCGAUGAAUGGCACGACGAGGUGGAAGCCGAGGCGACCCAAUUGUGGGAGUCGGCGGCGCCAUCAGAUGUGAGGUUUAUGUCGGCGCAGACCUGUAUUCGAGUGAUAUGGAUAAGUAUGGUCUCCCAAAAACACAGGCGGUGUGGAAUACUUUCGCUUUGUUGUACGUCAUCGUCAUCGUAUUGCGAGAUCAAUAUUAACGCUCGAGAAGCUUGACAGGACAGGAAACGACGGACGUGACAUUGCAGGUGUGUGUUCUGGCGAUGCUUCACCAUCCUCAAGUAGUGCAAACAGCUCAAAAUCAAUUAGACUCUGUCUGUGGAGACCGUCCUCCCACAUUUGACGACAGAGAUAGUUUGCCGUAUAUCGUUGCUAUUGUGAAAGAAAUGUUGCGAUGGAGAGUGAUAUCUCCGCUGGGUGUCCCUCACAAAGCAUCCGAGGUAUGGAGUAAAUGCGCGACCCCAGAAAACGUCUUGAAUGUUUUGAUGUGUAGGAUUUCGAGUACCGGGGAUACGUGAUUC